UGUCUCCCGCUGGUCGGUGGCAGUUUUAUGACAGCAAGAUCAACAUUUUACAACUCAGCCUCCGCGAGGCAGGCGAUCAGAGAGAGUGAGGCUGGCAGGGAAGAUUCGCGAGUUCCCAUUGGUCCAAACCUUGUCACGUGUCUGACAGGCCACUCGUGGCCCACUUCAACAUGCCAGAGCCAACAAUAUUGUUUUCUUCAAUUACCCUUCAAUUACCAAUUAGUCUUGACAAAUGAUGGUUUAAAUGUCUGUCCCUGUCAAUGCAGGGAACAGACAAAUUUAGACGGCAAACAGGGAACUACUAGGCUACUUCUUGAGUUUCCUUCGCUAGAAAAAAUAUACAACUACAGUAACACGGAGAGAACAUGUGCGCUUGUUCGGGAAAAUUCACGAUGGAUUUUAACACAGUUUUUACGACAAUUGUGGUUUGGAAUUUUUUCCUGGCAACUUUCUGUGAUGCUUACAUUUGGAAUAUUGCAUGGGGAUCUAUUGGAACAGACGAGGAUCUUAGCAACCACCCUAAAAAUAUAUACAGAGACGCUUUGGAAAGACCGCAGUUGGAUGAACCUACGUACCCAUUUGACCCAUGUACGACAGAUAAAUCUUGCGGGCGUCACAGAUUCUGCGACAAAUUCUACGGAACAUGCGAGCCCCACAGGCGGGAAGGCGAUGCGUGUCGAAGGGACGGUCACUGCCAAAAGGGUUUCGACUGCAUGUUUGGAAAGUGCCAAAAAUCACAGAAAGCUGGCGAAUUAGGUGCCCGUUGCAAGCAUGACCGUGACUGCGGCAGUAGCAUGUGCUGCGCUCGACAACACGGGGAAAAAGUUUGCAAAGCCAAGCUUCAACUUGCCGAGAACUGCUACGUUCCUAAGGGUGGCCUAGACUACAGUCUCAACGAACUCUGCCCGUGCGAUAAAGGGCUCAUUUGUAAAGACACUGGAAGAAAAACACCCAGAGAGGAGGAACUCACUUGGCAGUACUGGAGUUCGUUCGAGCACAUGAAGUGCGCUCACCCAUGAGCAUUCGCAGUCUUCUCCGUCUGUCUUCUCUACCACAAUUUGCCACUAACGCUCAAAGCCAAUAUUGGAUAUGCUUUUAUGAAUUGCAUGUAAAUAAUCCUGGACUGGACUUGUAAAUAGAAAUACCAAAACUUUGUACAUAGAAUUGAUUAUUUACAUCAGUGAUGCCAAAUAUGAACGGUUCAGGAAAAGUUGAUUGCUAUGAACGCUUGCUUACGGACGCAAUUCCCGUACUUUGGAUCCGUAUUCUACGAAAAAGUUACUUACUAAUUGGAGAAAUGGACGGGUUAUGAACAGGACACAUUCUACAUUUUAUCCACAGUGGAAAUGCUGGAAGAGCGGCAUUUCAUAUCAGUAGAAAGGCCAAAAGUUAAAGAAGCUGCUCGGUCUUGAGAACGGUGAAUAAACCCUAGGCAGGGUGUUUCGGGAAUUGUCAUGUUAUGAACAGAAUUUCGCAACAGAUUUUUUUUUAUUGCGAAUAAGUAAUAGCCUAUGCAUUUGCAAAAAAAUGUUUUCAGUAUGAUCAUCAACUUCAAUGGCGCUGAUUUCGUUUUAAUUAACAAAUGGAUAUGAAAUUCCACAAAAUGCUAAAUAUCUGUACAUAUGUAUAAAUUAAAAAAUUGUAAAUAAGAUUUAUUGUAAAUAAGUAAAUAUUUCUACAUAAGUCAUGUGGCGGGCCAUAGAGAGGCAAUUUAUAUGUUAAUAUCUGCUGGCCUGAGAUGCAAUAAAUUUAUGGAACCUGAAUGAUUACAGAUGUGAAGAGUAAUGGUUUUGAAAGAUGUUUAUUUAUAUAUUUUUGAAGAUUCAAGUAAGAUUAACAUUAAAGACACAUUUUU